AUGAUGCUGCGUUGCGGUGUAACCAUGGUUUCUAACAGCUUGAUUGCGCUUUAUACUGGCCUCGUGUUAUCAAACGGCGUCCAGUUUGGUGCAGCGGAUACGGCUCCAAGCUGGCAAAAACAUGUCAGAUCGCCUGCUUCCAAUACAGUGAAGCCAAUUGGAAUUAUAUCGGACAGCACGAUUGGCAAUGUUUCUAACCCCAAUGGCUUGAUUGACGGUCAAGAGCCCACAGUGCUGAGCCGCAACACUGAGAGCGACCAGUUGCCAACAAUAGUGGUGGAUUUUGGACAGAAUGUAGUUGGGAUUCUAAGCCUGCAGUUCAGCGAAUCGCAGAGCCUGUCUACGGGACUGCCGGGUUUGAGAUUGGCCUUUUCUGAGACGAAGGAGUAUCUCACUGAUCGGAGUGAUUUCACACGAUCAGAUAAUGCUAGCGGAGUGAGUCUUGGGAAAUUGUAUACCCCCUUGCCCUCUUCUUUUGAUCAGACGGACUGCUAA